UGACGUUUGCGGACUUCCAAUGGAUGCCCCUUCCCCGGWCCGGUCGAUUGCYGAAACCKCAUUGYAACGUGCUCAUGGCACAAUUGCGGGAUUACUUGCACACUGCAGUACCAACUCCGUUGAUGGACGCCGAUGUAGAGGUUGUCGACCUUCACGACUACAUUGAGAAGAUCGACCGCGAGUUCAAGAYACAACGGUACGACGACAUCGACGCACCAUUGUUAUAUGUACGCAUUCAGAUCGGAGAGGYGACCUGCAGCACUUUGAUCGAUUGCGGAGCAUCUCGCAACUACAUGAGCCARGACUUUAUGGUACGCRCCGGCCUUGGCCCACSCGUCCGGAGGAAGYCYCAGCCUACGCAAGUCACGUUGGCAGAYGGUCACAYGCACAAGUCAAUCGACCGGUGCAUAGAUGACGUCCCCGUGUACUUUGCCCCGCAUGCAAGCGAGGCGGUGUCSUUCGAUAUUUUGGACACYAAAUUYGACAUGAUCUUGGGCAUGUCAUGGCUGCGAAGCGAGGAUCACCCGGUGAACUUCCACYGCCGCACCGUUCACGUUCGUGAUCUGAACGGAGUACUAGUCCCAUGCACGGUGCCUCCUCCUCACCCUUCGAUCAGCUGCCACGUGGUGUCCGCCASAAGCAUGCGAGCUUCYAUSAUCAGAGACGACAUCGAGGAGAUSGGGGUGUGUUUUCUCCACGCCCUCCCGYCCCAUGACGCUUCAUCGACGGACUCAUCUUCGGACCCACGCAUCAYCGAGKUUCUCGACGCCUACGGCGAYRUGUUCGAAGGCCCACACGGAGUAGUACCGRAUCGGCCCAUCCACCACRAGAUCAUCCUCGAGGACGGGGUUGURCCUCCKCGUGGUUGCAUCUACCGAAUGAGCGAGGAAGAGUUAAGUGUGCUACGGGCACAACUCGACGACCUUCUGGAGAAAGGCUGGAUUCGGGCUAGCUCAUCGCCAUACGGUGCUCCUGUUCUCUUCGUCCGGARGAAGAACAAGGAUUUGCGGUUGUGCAUCGAUUAUCGCAAGCUCAACGCGCAAACGGUCAAGAACGUCGGCCCUCUUCCACGCAUCGACGACCUCCUCGAACGGCUGGGCGGCGCCAAGUUCUUCUCCAAGCUAGACCUCAAAUCGGGAUAUCACCAACUCGAGAUCCGGCAGGAGGACCGCUACAAGACCGCGUUUAAGACGCGAUAUGGGCAUUUCGAAUGGUUGGUUAUGCCGUUUGGCCUUACGAAUGCCCCAACAACUUUCCAAGCGGCUAUGACAACGGAGUUCCGACACAUGCUGGAUCGAUUCAUACUUAUCUACCUCGACGACGUUUUGGUGUACAGUCGGAGUUUGGACGAGCAUGUGGAGCACAUGCGCACCGUUUUGGAGCGGCUACGACAAGCCAAGUACAAAGCCAACCUCAAUAAAUGCGAAUUCGCGCUGCAGGAGCUGGAGUACUUGGGACACUAUGUGACGCCGCAAGGCAUCCGUCCGCUUGCAGACAAGAUCGAGGCCAUCCACGUAUGGCCCGAGCCCACCAACACCACGGACCUUCGUUCAUUCAUGGGGUUGGCGGGCUACUAUCAGCGAUUCAUCACCGGAUACUCAAGGAUUGCUGCACGUGUGACGAGAUUACAAUCUCCAAAGGUGCCAUUCGGAUUCAAUGACAACGCACGCCGGCCAUUCCAAGCACUUAAGACGGCCACGCUCAUGGCACCCGUCCUUAGCAUCUAUGACCCCACCCUGCCUACGAGAGUGACAACUGACGCUUCCCUAUCUUCGGAUCACCCGCCGGCCAGCCACUAUCGCAUUGCCAACGGGUACUUGCUCCUCCACUCGAGAGGCAAGGACUUAUUGUGUGUCCGACGAGACCGUCGUCUUCGGACUCGCCUUCUCGGGGAGUACCAUGACUCGCGACUCGCCGGCCAUUUAGGAGUCCAUCGCACUAUUGCACGGCUUCGACAACGAUUUCGAUGGCCCGACCUUAUUACCGAUGUCACUCGGUAUUGCGACUCUUGCGAAGUUUGCCGACGAAGCAAGCCCCGCAAUUGCAACCCCUACGGCGAGUUGCGCCCGAUGCCUAUCCCACGGGAACCUGGCCUCUCCAUUGCCAUGGAUGUCACCGGACCAUUUCCCCGCGAUCGCCUCGGGCACGACGGCAUCCUCACGGUAGUGGACCGUUUGAGUAAGUACGCGCGUUUUCUCCCUUGCAAGUACUGCUCCACGGCUCCUGAGCUGGCACGCCUCUUGCACACCGGCUGGAUUUGCGGCCACGACCGCGACACUCGCUUCAUGUCGGCAUUUUGGACUGCUCUCAUGCAGGAGUCCGGCACGAAGAUGAAACCAAGUUCGGCUCGACAUCCACAAACGAACGGGCAAACGGAGUGGGCACAUCAAACCGCUCAAAUGAUGCUUCGUACGCUUAUCCGUCCGGACCAGAAAGAUUGGGUUGACCGCCUCUUCGACAUCGAGUUCGCCUACAACACUUCGGUGCACCCGGCGAUCGGCGUGACUCCAUUCGAGUUGCACCACGGUGGACGGAAAAGCCGUAUCUUCGUCGAACUUCUCCUCCCACGACCAGCCGACAUCGACGCUGCUUGCUCUCCCACUUCCGUCCGGAAGUACAGGGAAUUGUUGGCUCAAGCCCGCGCGAACAUGCAAAAGGCUCAAGUCCGCAUGCAGCAGCAAGCCAACAGGCGUCGCGUGCCAUGUCCCAUCCGCGCCGGUGAUCUGGUUUGGGUCUCCACGGAAGAGUUUGCAUUAGAACAGGAUGUUUCACGCAAACUGCUUCCCAAGUGGUUUGGACCAUGGCCCGUAACAUCAGCCGCGGGCGAUGAGCCCGAUGGCCCUUCAUUUGUGAUCAACAUCCCCGCGCAUCUGACGGUCCAUCCAGUCUUUCACGCCUCGAAGCUGGCAACAUAUACACCAGCUAAGAGCGACGACUUCUUGGGCCGACGAUCGCAGGAUCCUCCAUCUAUGGAUGAUCAUCAGGAAGUUGAGCGCGUCAUCACGGAUCGCAAAUACGCGGUGGUUGCUACACCACCACAACAACCUGUUCCUCAACAAGGACAGCCGCAAGGUCUAUGGUACCCUAAGACCCCUAUGAAACCGCCUCUUGCCUUCUCAGGCGAGAAGAAGGAUGAGGAACUCAACACUUGGUUGAAAACGGUUCCGGUAUGGGUAAAGGCGAAGAGGACGUUGCAGAAGGAGGAGGUGAUUACUGCUGCUUCUUACCUCGAGGGUAAGGCAGCCAAAUGGCUAGAUGGUUUAGUUGCAAAGGCCGGGUACGGACAAUGUAUGGCAGACUGGACUAAGACAAUUACGUUAGACCAGUUCAUGGAAAUGGUAGAAGCUCUAUGGCACAAUCCACAGCAGGUGCAAAUGGCCACUGAUGCGAUGCAUAGACUAGACCAACGAAAGUUCAAGUCAGUCAGAGAGCUUACGACUACCGUUGAGAGCCUAAUCGUCGUUCCCGGCAUCAACUACGAUAACCAGUUCCUGUUGACCACAUUUGUGAGAUAUCUUCCAAAGAACCUCAGGAAUUUGCUGGCAAGCGAGGCUCGCCUCGAGUAUCACUCAUUUGAGACAUUAUCUAGAAAAGCCUUAGACUUAGAGGUCACUCUAGGAAAUGCUCAGAAUGACGCGAGGAAGAAGAAGAGUCCACAGGAAUGGAAGAAGAAGGGGGCUAAGUUGAUGGUUGAGUCCGAUGGGACUCAAACUGAGAUCGAAGAGCUCUCAGACCUGGUGGACGUUUCAGAGUACGACAGCGAGGAGACCGCUGAGGGUAGCACCCUCGCCGCAGUAGUUAAGGCUAAGGCUGGUGGCCGAGUGAAGGGCCAUCAAAAGAGUCAAGGGAAGGCCGCCUCCAAUCAGACCAAAGUUGCUGAUUGGGUCAAGSCMGGUCUUGAUCAAGAAGUGUGGCGGKACCGCCGAGUGYGUGUGCUGGCUCAGCAGGAUGGGAAGAAGUUGAGACCGAUUGAGUACAUGAGCAAGAAAAUGCCAUCGAAGAAAUUGGCAAAGUCCACCUACGAAAGGGAACUCUAUGCUCUCUACAAGGCACUUGUCCAUUGGGGACAUUUUCUGUUGGGAUGGUUCUUCUACUUGAGAACUGACCAUCAAACGCUCAAAUGGAUCAAGACUCAACCGUCUCUUUCUGAUGCACUCAAGCGCUGGGUUGAGGUCAUAGAUCAAUAUGACUUCAAGCUUGAGUAUCUGAAGGGAGAGUACAACAAGGUUGCGGAUGCGCUAUCUCGUAGAGCAGACUACCUAGGGGCGCUAGUUUCUGAGUUUGGUGUAUCUCAGGAAGUAACUCAAUCGCUGGUGGGAGCCUAUCAGGAAGACCCUGUCACGAUGGACAUCAUCCGCAAACUUCAGGCAAAAGACAAGGCCACAGAGAAUGAGUUUGUAAUGGUGGAUGGGUUACUCUUUCUUGAUAAGGCCGGGUGACAGAGUGUCUCCAUGGAUUUCAUGGACACCUUGGUGACCAGUAAGAGUGGCAAGCGGCACAUCUUCGUCAUCAUCGAUCGAUUCACCAAGUACGCUAGAUUAGUUGCCAUGCCAGAGACCGCAAGGACUGACCACGUCAUCAAGUUGUUUAUGGACAUUUGGGUGCUUGAUUUUGGACUUCCAAAGUCAAUCGUUAGUGACAGAGAUGUCCGAUUCACAAGUGAGCUGUGGAAGAAGACUGCUGAGCAGAUGGGCAGUCAACUUCAGAUGACUUCAGGGAACCACCCCGAAGCCAAUGGACAGGCCGAGCAAAUGAACCGAGUUGUACAGCAUUUGCUGAGGCAGUACAUCAAGCCCAACCAGGAUGAUUGGGAUGAGAAGUUGCCUCUCAUCGCCAGCCUGUACAACAAUGUUGUACACAACAGUACCGGAGUCAGUCCUAAUCAGCUGCACUUGGGAUGGAAGCCUAGAUCAGCUCUAAACUUCCUCCUACCUAAAAACCGAUCCUCUGCAACUCCAUGCACACUUGAAUAUGGUGUGCAGUAUGAGAAGUUGCUGCAGCAAGCUGUCGAGCACAUCAAGAAAGCUCAGCAAGCAAUGAUUGCUUCUGAGAACAAGCAUCGACAUUGGGAAGAGGAAGACCUCCAAAACCCAAGCGGAAUGCCACAUCAGCAACAGUGCCACAUCAGCAACAGUGCCACGUCAGCAGUGCCGCGUCAGCAGUGCCACGUCAGCAACAGUGCCACGUCAGCAGUGCCACGUCAGCAACAGUGCCACGUCAGCAGUGCCAUGUCAGCAGUGCCACGUCAGCAACAGUGCCACGUCAGCAACAGUGCCACGUCAGCAGUGCCACGUCAGCAACAGUGCCACGUCAGCAGUGCCAUGUCAGCAGUGCCACGACAGCAACAGUGCCACGUCAGCAACAACAGUGCCACGGUGCCACGUCAGCAGUGCCCCGCCACCAUGACGGGCUCAGCUCUGGGCAUGCCAGGCCAACUGGCCAACGAGUCUAUUGCCGAGUACAAACAGCGGUUCCAGACUCAGCUCGCACUGAUUGAGGCUGAGGAACAGCGCCAGGUGGCAGCCGAGGCUGUCCGCCUACAGGCUGAAGCGGCGGCAGCAGCUGAAAAGCUGCGACUUCAAGCCGAAGCUAAAGCAGAUACCCAGACACGCCGCAAGGAGGCCCAAGAUCUUCUACAGUGAACCAUCCGAGGGGCACGACGACGCGACACUGGAGGAGCAGCACAAGGAAUUCAUGGCCAAGCUUGU